GGUAGAGACGUUUGUAUGAACUGUUGUUUCUUUUCGUGUUUAUUCUCACGUAAGGCGAUGUAACAACUAGCUUUGAGUCAGGAACAUGUCAGGCGACCAGUGUGAUGUGCCCGACAAGUGUAACGCCAAUAAUAGUGGCAUCGAGAAACAAAUGAUCAGCAAAGUGAAGUAUCGGCAAUGCAGGGUAUGUGACAAACGUUUUAACCACACAGGGCAUCUCAACAAACACAUGAGAAUACAUACUGGUGAGCGACCGUAUCAAUGUGAAGUUUGUGAGAAACGUUUUACCGAGAAAGGCAGUCUCAAAACUCACUUGAGACUGCAUACUACCAACGGGAAACCAUACCAAUGUCAGUUAUGCGAGAAGCGCUUCACCCAGGCAAGCAGCCUCAGAACGCACACGAGAUUACAUACUGGUGAGCAACGAUAUCAGUGUGAGGUCUGUAACAAACGCUUCAACGAGAGAUGCAACAUGAAGAGACACAUGAUAGUACAUACUGGUGUAAAACCAUACCCAUGCAAAGUGUGUGGCAAACAUUUUAAUUUGAGAUCCAACUUGGAUAGGCAUAUGAGAGUGCACACCGGUGUGAAACCACACCCGUGCAAAGUGUGUGACAGACGUUUUAAUUUGAGAUGUAGUCUGGAAAGACACAUGAGAGUGCACACUGGUGAGUACCCAUACAGGUGCCAUGUAUGUGACAUGCGUUUUGCUCAUUCAAGAAAUCUGAAUAUGCACAUGGGAUUGCAUAACAUGGUAGACAACUUAAACACAAACAUCAUUAUACAUACUUCUCACCAACCAUAUCAGUGGACUGUUCACCGUGAUAUGCAGUAUGUUGAGCCAGGAAACUUGAUAACAACUCGGGUAACAACCAUGCUAACAGGAGUGCCAACUGAUCAGCAGCCAUACCCGUAUGUAGUUUGUGACAUGUGUUGUACCAUGGGAGGCAACAUGGGAGUGCUUACUAGCAAUACACCAUACAAACAAUAUUCAUGUGACUGUAGAUUCCUAUAUGGACAGAAAUGGACCAACACUGUAAAACCAGCUAUACACUUCAUUAAUGAUUCAGGAUAUGGUAUUGAGAAAAUAGGAGAAAAUAUUACAGACAUUGGAGUACAUAAAUACCGUGUAAUAUUCAUGUAGUGUUGGGCCUUCAUUUCAUUUUGUGGGAAUUGAAAUGUACUCAGUGCAACAAAGGCAUUCCUUUCAUCUUUAUAAAUAUUCAAACUGAAACGAGCAGUUUUUAUUGGCAGAUUGAAUAACAUUUGCACAUUUUAAAAAUAAUGUUGCACACUGUGCUGCUCGAUUGGCUGGUUGGAUUCAGCUGUCCUUGAAAUUUAUAGAUAUUUCUAAAGAUGAAAGGAAUGGGCUUGUUGUUCUGAGAGUAACUGUUAGGUUUCACUAUCAGUAAAACAAAACAAUAAGACCUGGUAAUCAACAAGAUAGGUCUCUCCUAUAUAUAGUAAUUUAUGUAAGUGCAUACACAGAUGCAAUGCAAGGCAAUUCAUAAACUCUGUGAUGAGUUUUUCUCAUCGUGAGGAUUCUCCCAUCUGAGAACUAGGAGGAUUUGGGAGAAUAAGUCCUAUGGGUUACUAGAAAUGAAAAUUUAAAACUCACAUUCUUUGUUUGUAAU